CCGGUUUGUCUCUCAAGCUGUCCACCGCCGUGACUGCGUGGUGUGAGUAUUGAAUUAUACCUGAGUAAUUCUUAUUCAUUCACUUCUUCGCAUCGCCCCCUACCUGUCCCGUCAAGCAAGAGUCGGCUUUGUUUGAUUAUGGCGCCUAGUAUUGUACUAAUGGCACCCGGAGAACCUCAGGAUGGCAAUAAGCCACAGCCAUUGGGAAAUUUUGGCAUAAUACUCUUUUUCACCACUUCGACAUUGUGCUUGCUUUACUUGCUUUGGCGUCGCGCAAGUGCCUUGCGUGCAGUAGUAUCCCACCAAUUGCAAACAUGGACGAGCACGGAAGGUCAAAUUCGCCUAUCCGAAGACGACGGUCCAUCUGCUACCGAGUUUCUGACCGAGGCGGACGACGAAGAUGUCGGAAUAGUAGAUGAUGGUCUGACCCUGGGUCAGGACGAAGAACGACCAAGGAAUGAAGUUGACACGCUAUCUUCUGUUAGGCCUGGCUUCCCAUCAUAAAACACAUAUUUCAUCACUUGUUUUGCUAUGAGCUGCCGCUUUGUUCUACCUUUGGGGACGAUUCCGUUAUGUUCGCAAGAAAGCUAGUGGACCUUGUCCUGCUAUUGGCUUGUAUGACAGGCUCCAUGCAUUGACAUUUCAUAGAUCUGAUGUCCAGUGACCACUCUUCCAAAUGUCGGGCCUCAUUCCAGCCAAACAUUCAAAAGUACAAUCAACAUACAGACUUCUAGACAUAAAAUUUAUCGAAUGGUCAAUC